AUGCCCCUUGAACAAUCCAAUGUUUUGGACCAUGUGGCUGAGAAUGAAUCAUGGAUGGGUAAGAGUGUUGGUUUUCCUGUUGAGAUUAAUGAACUUAUUGAUUUCAACUCUCAGGAUACAAUUGGUUUUAAGGGUUCUGCUUCCUUCGUUGCUGAUAAUACUCCUAUCUCUACUUUUCCAAAUACCAUUUCAAUGAGUCCAUCAACCAACCACGACACCACUAGCCUCCUUUCACCACCUAACAAUGUGAAACGUAAACUUGUAGAUGUUUACGAUCUUGAAGAUACUGUUUGUGAGUCAUCAACAAAACCUUCAAAAAAAUCCAAUGGUGUCAAGGAAAGCGUACGUGCCUCUUAA